AUGACGACCUCUACCACCCCCACCACCAGAUCCUACAAUGAUGCGAUUGACGCGCUGAAUACGCUGCAGACGCCGUUUGAAGUGAUAGAGGCCCGACGCAAGGCUGGCGUCAAGCCCGAUGCCUCCUCCAUCCGGGAGAUGCGCACCUAUCUCAACCGUAUAGGCUACUCGACAUCUGAUUUAAACCGCCUCAACAUCAUCCACGUGGCAGGCACCAAAGGCAAGGGCAGCACAUGCGCCUUUGUCGACUCCAUCCUCGCCCAGUACCGGCAAGCCGGCAACGUCCCCGCCAAAACGGGCCUCUUCAUCUCGCCGCACCUCAUUGCCGUACGCGAGCGCAUCCGCAUCAACUCGGCGCCCAUCUCCGAGGCGCUAUUCGCCAAGUACUUUUUCGAAGUCUGGGACCGCCUCGAAUCGCCGUCUACGCCGCAGCAGCCUGAAGAUUACAACGACGAGGAUAGCCCGCCGCCGCCGCCGCUCGGCAGUAAGCCCAUCUACGGGCGCUAUCUCACGCUCGUCAGCUGGCACGCCUUUCUACAAGAGGGCGUCGACGUGGCCGUCUACGAGACGGGCGUUGGCGGCGAGUUUGACGCGACCAACCUCGUGCCGCGCCCGCUGGCCACGGGCAUCAGCACGCUCGGCAUCGACCACGUUUACGUGCUCGGCGAUACCCUCGACAAGAUUGCGUGGCACAAGGCCGGCAUCAUGAAGAACGGCAGCCCGGCGUUUACCGUCGAGCAGUUUCCGGACGCGGCUGCGGUGCUGCGCGCGCGCGCCGAGGAGAAGCGGGUUGAGCUGACGGAGCUGCCUAUUGACCCGCGCCUCGACGGCGUGAGGAUCAGGCCGGCGGCGACGUUUCAGAAACGCAACGCCUCGCUGGCGGUGGCGCUCACGGAGACAGCCUUGGAGAAGCUUGGAGUCGGGAUGGACAGGGGCAGAGAUGUAAAGAGUCUUCCGCGGGAAUUCGUCAGUGGCUUGGAAAAGACGAGCUUCCGCGGCCGGUGCGAGGUCAAGGCCGAGAACAAGAUCAAGUGGCAUGUCGACGGCGCGCACACGGCAGACAGUCUCAAGGUAUCUGCCAAGUGGUUUGCCAGCGAAACGGAAAAGAGCAUCGGCCCACGCGUCCUCAUCUUCAACCAGCAAGGCCGCGCCGAAGCCGUCGACUUUCUCGCCUCCAUCCACGCCGCCGUCAACAAGAACAAGAAGCCGUCACCGGCCUCGACGGAAGCGCAGUCCUUUGACCACGUCAUCUUUUGCACCAACGUGACGUACGCCGCGACGGGCUACAAGCGCGACUUUGUCAACCGCCAAGUCGACCCAGCGGACGUUGCGGGCAUGACGGCGCAGCGGCGCUUCGCCGAGGCGUGGGCGCGGCUCGACCCGGGGGCGGACGUGCGCGUGCUCCCCACGAUUGAGGAGGCGCUCGACUGCGCGCGCGGAUUCGGCGAGGGCCUGCCCGAGGGGAGCGCGGUGCAGGCGUACGUUACGGGCAGUCUACAUCUGGUCGGCGGCGCGCUGGGGAUUUUGGAGCAGGCGGAUGCGCUGUAG